GAACACCAGUCAUUGAUCCGGAUACGGAUAUUGCAUAUUUCUAUGUAAAAGCAUAUGUGGAGUAUGUCAAUCCUUCACUCGAACAUGCGACUUUGUCUUAACUAUUAUCACAGAGACUUGCGAGUCAGAGGUGACCCAACCUCACCUCUGAACGGAAUCUACUAUUUCUAUGCAGUCGAUGUCAAGACUCUAAAGGACGUUGAUGGUUACCCUUUAUCCGUUGAUGGUAUACCUGCGGAGAAUGACCCACGGAGAAUCUUUCUUGGAGGUCUGAUCUUGCAGCGACCGGCAGUGUUGCAGGUCGGAAAUCUUGUGUACGCGGGCUUUGGGGGGCUAUGCGAAGCAUAUAAUUACACCGGUGCUGUUAUAGCCGUUGAUAUCAAUACGCGUAAGAUGAACUACUGGGUCACCCAGGCUGGAUCCGAAUCAGUCUUUACGGAAGACUGGACUCAGUGGUCGGGUGGUGGCCCUGGUGGUAUUUGGCAAGCUGGUCAAGGCCUGGCUUCAGAUGGUCAGGAUGUAUUUUUCUUGAUCGACAAUGGGGCGGGCUCCUCCACCACCAAUGUCUCGACGACCCCGAUUUCUGGGAAGACACAUCUCGAUGUAUUGUCUGAGACGGCUGUUCGAAUUUCGAAACAAAAUGGUUCAAUACGACUCCUUGACUGGUUUCGGCCAUUUGACUGGCAGUCUGAUGGAGGUCAGGACAUAGGUUCUGGUGGCCUUGCCAUCCUGGGGUCUGAAUUCUCAACAUCGUCAACGCCAAAAAUGGGCGUUGUAACCAGUACAAACACGAAGAUGUAUGUGGUUGAUUUGAGCAACCUCGGUGGUUAUCGUCAAGGAAUAAACGGCACUGAUGGCGUUGUACAAACAAUCCCGCUUGAUGGAGAGGUCUUUGGAGGAGUUGGAACCUACCCUCACGAAGGCGGCUAUAUUUACGUUAACCCAGGAAACAGUCCUUUGUCAGCCUAUCGCUUCAAUUCAUCAAGUAUGUCCCGUCCUUUCGAACUGGCAGGCGUGGGCUCCCACGAAUCCUCCCAUUGGGGUGCUGUCGGGCUGCCUACCGUCACAAGUGACAACGGCCGGAAAGGAAGUGGGAUAGUUUGGAUCACCGAACCUACGCAAGGUUUGUUUGCCUACCACGCUGUGCCCGUGAAUGGCACGUUGACCGAAAUUCCGUUACCAAAAGUUGAAGGGGCAAUGAAAUUUGGAAGACCAGUCUUUGGUGACAGACGGGUUUACAUAGUAGACGGGCAACGGCGGCUCAUAGCACUCGGGUUGAAGUGACGGCGAAUAGAGGGACCGAUCCGGAUGAUGCGCAAAAUCAGGUGUGGAAGUAGCCGAACGUAUGAAGAAAAGGAAAGCAGCGAUUACACUGGGUUCAUGAUGGUUUG